UUUCGCUUUUGGUCUUCUUUCGUACCAUCUCUCGCUCACUUGCUCGCUCUUUCGCUCACCAACCCUUCUUCGCUUGCCUUUUCCGCAACGCAGUCGCGGGGGUGUUCAUCUGCUCAUAGAUCUGCGAAAUGUGCCUCUGAUCUUGAAUUGAUUUCCUCGGUGAGCUUCGGAUCCUCUUGAUCUUCAUCUUUUACGUUUCGAUGUGAAUCUUUUCUCCUGGUUUUGAUUUCUUACGAGGAACAUUGGACUUGGUGCUGGGGAUCUGUAGCUUGAGCCACUUCUUGCGCGUUCUGAUAUAUUUUUCACUGGUGAUUAUUGGUUAUGAGUUUGGUUUUGCGCCUGUGGAAUUCGGUGCGAGGAUUCUCGUUGUAGAUUGAUCCUGAUGGACAUGCAUGUUAGGGUUCUGUGUUCGUGCUCUGAUGCAGGAGGAGAUUAGGGUUUUAUAUUUGUGUCACUGAGUUGCGAGUUUAGGGGAACAGCAUCUAAAGAUUUCUGUGAUGGGAAAAUCUCCUGCAAAGUGGAUUAAAGCAGUUAUUUUUGGAAAGAGAUCAUCUAGAUCUCAUACUUCAAAAGGGAAAGAUGGUUUGAAACCUGGUGUUGAUAAAGAGCAUUUUUCUGGGGGAGAACCAUCUCAUGUCACAGUGAAAUCUUUGGUGAUUACUCAACCAGUUCUUGUAAGCAACAAUUCAAGUGGUCCAUCAUCAGAAAAUAGGACGGAUUCCACUUUAGUUACUGGAGCAGUUAGGGUGGAGAGCCAAGAAAUUGUUGUACAUCAAGCUUCAAGUAAUCCAGCCAAAGCCAUGGAAGAGCGUGCUGCUACAAAAGUUCAAGCUGCCUUCAGGGGUUAUCAGUCACGGAGGGUGUUCUGUGCAUUGAAAGGCAUCAUAAAACUGCAGGCUCUAAUUCGUGGGCACCUAGUGAGGCGUCAAGCGGUUACCACCCUGCAUUGCAUGUGGGGUAUUGUCAGAUUUCAAGCUCUUGUUCGCGGUCAGAGAGUCAGGCUUUCAGGUAUUGGCCUUGAAGUCAGAACAAAGUAUCCUCAAAUGAAGAGUGUGGAUGAUAAGAAGUUGGAUUUCUCGAAGAUGCAGCUGUCUGCGAAUCAAUUUAUUUGCAAGCUACUCUCGGCACUGCCUGUUACAAAGCCUGUGCAGAUUCAUUAUGAUCCAGUGGAACCAAAUUCAGUCUUCAGUUGGCUGGAGCGCUGGACAUCCUCACAGUUUUGGAAUCCACUUCCUCAAUCAAAAAAGUCUGUCAAUGUGAAAUCUCGGGUGAGAUGCAGUAGUGCUGUGGAAAGUGAAUCUGUCAGAUUAAAAUCAAAUGUUCAUAAAAAUGUGGCUGCAAAGGUUGAUGUCAUGACUGAAUCAGAAAGGCAUAAACGUGUUACGAGGAAAAUGCUAAUCCCUCCUGCUGACUCUGUGGUAGAAAAUCCACAAUCUGAAAUCGAAAAGGUCAAGCGUAGUUUGAGAAAGGUAUCCAAUUCUAAAAAAGAGCCUCCUGAAAAGCCAGAAUCUGAAAAUCAGAAACCAACUUGCACUCCGAGAAAGGUGACAAACUCACUAUCUGAUGCUCCACAAGUGUCUAAUGAGCAUUCUUCUAUGAAGAUAAAAAAUGAUAGUGUAGUGUCUAUUGACAGUAAGCUUGUAAUAGUUGCUGCUGUAAAGUCCGUUGCAUCAGGUGGGCCUAAGAAUGCAGUAAUAGAUGACAGUACUGCGAUCAAACCGCAUAGCCCAGAAGAAAUCUGCAAAGAAGAGAGUAUUUCUAACUGUGAUGGAGAGUUAAGCUUGAAAGAUGAGCCAACUAGCAAUGACAUCCAGAAGAGUAGCAAGAGAAGGGCUUCUUUCCCACCAAAGCCAGAACCUUUUGCAGAGAAUGCCUCGCAAAAUGCUCCAAGAUUACCAAGCUAUAUGGCAACUACUGAAUCAGCUAAGGCAAAGCUAAGAGGACAAGUUUCACCGAGGGUUGGAUCUGAUUCUGCAGAAAGAUAUAAUAUGCCUCGACGUCAUUCUCUGCCAACUUCCACGAAUGGAAAGUUAAACUUGCAAUCAUCACGUGCACAUAAGUUGAUCCAAGCAAGCUGCAAGGAUGGAAUUAGAAACGACAGAUCCUUUACAUCGUCAAGAGAUGGUAGUGAGAAGUCGAUUCAAGUGGGAUGGAGGAGGUGACAUUGUCAGAGUGGUAAUUUAAAUUCUUCACAGCGGAUAAGUUUGGCUACAGUCUUACACACCCUCCUUAUUGUUUGUUUUAUGGAGUAAGUUGUGCUUUAAUCCUCCUUAGCUAAGUUGGAUCAUUACCGGUGUGGCGUGCAUACUGUUCCUCUUUGUCUCUUUCGUAUGUUGGAAAUCAUGUUACGGUGGGAUGUACAGCUUCAGUCCCUUUUGUGUGUGGCGUGGUUUUGUUUGGUCCGGUUGUUAUCGUUUUGUUUAUGUUAAGAGUUGUCGCAAAACAAUGAAAUAUACCUUUUAUCA